AAAAAAAUGAUUUGCAUAUUAUUUUUCUGUCCUGGAACUCAGUAUCACCAUUGAACAUGGAGGCGAAACCUUCCUCUGGUACUGAAAGUGCGUCGUCGUGUGCCUCGCCAUCACUGAAAAUCUCGUCGGAAUUGGACCCUCGACAUGCUUCUGAGACCCUCACCUUCGUUACCCGCAUGGGUGGCGGUGUCUCCAUUCCUCAAAACUGCAACACCAAUGGCUUCUAUGACGCCUUCAUUCGCAGCUUCAUCAAGGUCGAUCACAUCCAACGGGGACGAAUCUCUUGCACUAUCAUCGCCAAACCACCUAUCUGUAAUGGCUAUGGAACCCUUCAUGGAGGGGCUGUUGGGGUCUUGGUUGAGGUUUUGUCGACUGCUUGUGCUAGAACUGUAGUUGCUGAAGACAAGCAACUUUCUCUUGGAGAAGUUAGCAUUUCUUAUCUCUCUGGCACUCCAGCAAAUGAAGAAGUGCUAGCUAAUGCCUCUGUAGUGAAGACUGGAAGAAAUUUGACUGUAGUUGCACUUGAGUUUAAAUCAAAGAAAAAUGGGAAUUUGCUGUAUAUUACUCACGCCACGUUCUAUAACAUGCCAGUUUCCAGCUUAUGAACAUUGAGCUUUCCGGUGGUUCUGCUGUUCCAUUUAAUGUUUGUCAUAAUAAAAUUGCUUCAAAUUAAUUGGACCAGUUCACAUGAGUAAUACAUCUAGUGUUGUAUGCUCUUGCUGCCCGUUGUCAUAUCCAUUAUGAUGCUAGUUUCCAAAGUUAUGACUCGGGGGAUUAUUUUUAUUGAAAUAUAAGGAUCAGUGCUGUUGAUGUUCAAAGCUCAGCCUAUCUUAUGACAUAUAGUUUGUCGCAACUAUGUAUAUUAGAGCAGAACAAGUUAUGGAUUUCACUAUCCUAAUUAGUCUAUCAUUCAUUGUAAUUGUCAUUUAAUUGUAAUCUUUAACUUUUCUUUUUUCACAUGGGUUUCGAACUUGAAUCACAGUGGGAGUGACAUUGUGAAAUGAGUAACCACCAUCGCAAUCUGUCUUUCUUUUUUUUGA